AUGUUUGCCCAAAGACCCGCUUUGACUGCGGGGCUGGCUCACUUCUCCGCCAGACCCGGAGAGGUUCCAUGCGACGUCUGCUCCGGGAGGAAGUUCAGAGCUGUGAAGACAUGCUUGAGGUGCCUGGCCUCUUACUGCCGGCCUCACCUGCAGACUCACCUGGAUACCCCAGCGCUGAGGAGACACGAGCUGGUAAACCCCAUCGGGCAGGUGCAAGGAAAGAUCUGUCCCCGUCACAACAGAGUCUUGGAGGUUUACUGCUACACCGAUCAGACUUGCAUCUGCUCUCUGUGUGUGAUGGAUGAGCACAGGAAUCAUGACACAGUCUCCGCUGCUGCUAGGAGGGAAGAGAAACAGAGUCAGCUGGAGACCAUGAAGCGGAGAUCUGAAGAAAUAAUCCAGCAGAGAGAGGAGGAUCUGCAGGAACUAGAGGAGUCUAUAGAUUCUUUCAUGGAAUCCACACAGGCUGCAGAGGAAGAAUAUGACCGGGUCUUCAGACAGCUGAUCCACUCCAUACAGAGCAAACGCCUAGAGGUGAAGGAGCAGAUCAGACGGCAGGGGGAGGCGGAGACGAGCCGAGCCAGGAUGGAGAAGCGGAAGCUGGAGCAGGGGAUUUCCGAGCUGCAGAAGAGAGACGCUGAGCUGGAGGAGCUUCUCCAUACACAGGAUCACAUCCAUUUCCUCCAGAGAUGGCCUUCCCUCCAUGACUCCUUUCAAGAUGAAAACUUGUCCAGAGAUACUAUCCAUCCUCUGUCCUCCUUUGAGCUCAAAAUGACAGCUUUAACCAGACUCAGAGAGCAUAUGGAGAACAUGUGCAAGGAGGAGUCAGACAAGAUCUCCAAAGCAGUGAAAGAGGUGCAUAUGUUCAAAGGGCCAGACACCAGGACCAAACCGAAUCAACCAGAUUCCUCUGAGGUCACACUGGACCCCGACACCGCAAAUAAGAAGCUCUGUGUGUUUGAGGGGAACAGAAAGGUGACAUCAUCAGAGAAGAGUCAAUCAUACCCCAAUCUCCCUCAGAGAUUUGACCACUGGGUGCAGGUGCUGUGCUAUCAGGGAAUGACCGGGCCCUGUUACUGGGAGGUCGAGUGGAGCGGCAGGGGGGUCUUUAUUGGGGUGGCGUACGGAUGCAUCAGCAGGAAAGGCAAGGGUUUGGAAUGCAGCCUGAAGUACAGCGCCAACUCCUGGAGCUUGUUCUGCUCCCAGUCCAAGUACUCGGCCUGCCACAACAGCGAGGAAACCGAAAUCACCGUACCCAUCCACUCCCCCAGGGUGGGUGUGUACCUAGACUACCGAGAGGGAACUCUGACCUUCUACAGCGUCUCCAACACCCUCACCAUCCUCCACACUUUUCAGACCAGCUUCUCUCAGCCACUCUACCCCGCGUUUGGACUUGAGUUAGGGUCCUCCAUUAAACUGUGUCAGCUACAGUGGAAAUGA